UCUGUCAGCCUACGUUUAAUCUACUUUGACUUAUAUACAACAGUGUUGACUUCGACAAUUCUUGUCAGAUGCAUCGAGUUUGAUUGCUCAGGUUAAGAUAGUUGUCUAUCAUAGGGUGUGUAAUUAUCCGAACCAUCAUUCUCACUCGGAUAUCAGAAGAUUUUAGUGGAAACGCUUGACGAUGGAAUGGAAAAACGCAUUGAAAAAUUGUUUUUAUAUCGUUCUUCGAAUUUCUGCUAUUACUGGGAAGCAGAUAGUAACAAUCUCGUGAAUAUGAAGUUUAUACAGUUGCUAUGACUGGCAAUCAACGAUUUUGUGACUUAUUCGAAGAUAUGCAACCGUUAUCGUUGAUGCUUUUGAUAAAGGGAAGGUUUCUUCGGUACAAUCGUCAAAAUCAACAUUCACAACGGUAAUAAUUGAAUAUUCAGAAGCGAAGAAGAGUAGCAAAAUUUUUAAUAAAAUUAAAAUAUCCAGUGAGUUCGCUAUGUGCAAUUUUUUGUUCCAUAAGAGGUUUUGGACGUAUGAUAAGAAUUUUCUAUUUCUGAUAAAAGUGACAAGUGGCACAAGGUUGUGAAUAAUUGCGGUCAACGAGAAACAGAAAAAUUUAUAAGUGUAUCACUGUGCAGGAAAUAAAAUAAAAGUGUUCGAUUGUUUCAAAGUGUAGACAGAUUUUGUUUUGAUUAAGAGAAACAGGUGCAACGAUGAGCGUGAGAAUUGUCGUUAGCGUAACGGAGAUCGCGGACAUGAAUCCAAAGGAUCGUUACGUAGUCGAAGAGAUAGCUCUCUCCACGGCCACCGAGGAUGUGGGAGAUGGAAUUCAAGGGCACGAUAACGACACGGAGUCCUUGCGAUUCUUGUCCCAUCUUGAUCCACCAGCCGACAGCGUAUACAUGAUAUGCGGGGUGCUGAUCGCGUUGGUGUUAGUAGGGGUCAUCAUCGUCCUACUGGCUGUGACGAUCAGCAAAUUGCGGAAACGAGAGGAUCACUCGAACGCCGUACAUCCGGAACCGGCAGUAGUACAGACAGCUACGACGCCGCCGGUCUCGACGAUCGUCUCAUCCUCUUAUCCUGUCGAGGGUUGUUGCACUCAAACGUCUACGACCACGAUGUCAACGGAUCUGGGGAACAACACAAGCAUCGAACAGGAUACCGUUUACGCUUCGGCCAAUCCGACUGAUCAAUUCGUCUGGCAGUUUCCGCCUCCUUAUCCACCGCCACACACACCGGCGCAGUAUGCGUUGUACAACGACCAGGAUACCCUUGUACACGCAUUACCGUCGGAUAGGUCUGGAUUUGCAAAGGGCUUUCGUAAGAAUAUCGGGGGGCGUUGGCGCCGUUUGGUAAAAAGGAAGCCGGAGUCGGAGACUUGUGCCAUUCCUCCUGAACUAAAGGAUCAGCUAAAGACAAUCUAUGUAUAUUGACACCCGACGUCAUUGUACCGUUGUCUGUAUCUAUAUGCGAACCUUCCACUUAGUAAUCGACGUUCUCCUGCAUGUAAGAUAGGAAUUGUAUUAAACAGAGAAGGAAGAAAGGGUGAAAGAGCGUUCAAACGAUGGGAUAGCUUGCAAAAAAUAAGAGUACAAAAUUAUAAGAAUAUAUUUGCGUAACUUCUGAAAGAGAAACUUGCAAAAAGUAAAAAAGGUAAGAGGAAUCGAUAAGGUCCAUAUCUAUUUCGAGACAUAUCAAAAAAGUGCCUAAACAUAUUUUUCCCGUACAAAUAUCUAAAAUAAAAACGAUAACCUGAUCUUCAAUAUUUUUGUGAUAAACAUAUAAAGCCACAGUUAAGAUAAUUUUGUAUCUCACAAACCGCGAAAGCAGAAGCGCUAUUAAUAAAUGAAAGAAAAAAUCUUUUUUUGAAACAGCUGUCCCGCGUAUAAUAACGUCGCUCGAAUCAUACGAAAAUGUAAGAAGUUGAUAGACUUCGAUACGCAGGACAAUGGCGUCAAAAAUCCUUAUGAGACUGAAACGUAACGAGUACGACAACACGAGUUACCUCGUAGCUUUUCUGUACGUUUUUACAUGAUUAAUGAUGAGAAAUUAUUUCGAAUCGCUAGUAUUAAUGUAUACCUGAGAAUAUACAACCGUAGAAGCUGCCUUCCUUAGGGAUUUAUUUUUCUCUUCUACAUCUUUUCUUCUCCUGGCAGCUUAGUUGUAUGUGUAAAUAGAUGUAUAAAGCAAUGAAAGUAUAUGAACUACUUAUAAUUCUUAUAAUGGCCGACCGUUAAAGUAAAAUUCCGCAAUUUCUUCCAAUACGCGAGGAUUCUAGUACGUUCGGGGGAAAGAGCGGGAACGAAAAAGAAAAAAAGAUGUUCAUUUGAAACAUGCAUUCAGGAGCAGAAUCAUUUCCUUAACUUUAAAAAUGGAAAUGACCUAGUAUUUUGUAGAUACUUCUAACAUAGGCCAAUUUAAGAUUCUAAAAUAUCAUUCAACAGCUCAUAUUGAGCUCAUAAUUACGUAAAUACUGAUAUGAUAUUUUAAUUUCGUUAUACCGAGCAAUACUUUAUUUCCGAGAACGUGGUUAAUAAUCUAAUCAAUUGAAUUUUCAAAAAAAUAAACAUUCAUAUUUAACGGAUGCCACGUUUCACGUUAGUCAAAUUAUUUGUUUUUGUAUAAUACAUACAUAUUCUGUGCUCGCAGAUUUAUGUAAUUGCAAUUAAAUUAAUAUUUAUAUGCAGAGAAAAAAUAUAAUGAUAAUAAUGAUCGCAGGGAAACAUGAUUUCAACAAAUUAUAGCAAUAUUUUAUUGUACGCAAAAACAUUACAUCACCUUCUUGUAUAGCCCAACUUUUUACUUCUUUACUAGAAUGUUGUAAAAUGUAAAUAUGUUAUAAUGUUUGUUUAUCGCGAAUGUGAUAACACAAUGUUUUAACGGGAUAAGAAAAAAAAAUUUUAAGAGUUAAUAAUGUGCCUACAACCGUGUAUAAUAAAAUGUUUUUAUAGAUGAAAUAUUGAUGGAAGUUGGAAUCCAUCACCUAGUCACUUGAUAUUGUUCAAAACUUAAUAAUUUUCUGGCGCAGUUUGAAUUUUCCUUAUAAGUAUCUGUCUAAACACAAUAAUAAAUAAAGUAUUCAAAGAAUA